AUGAAGGAAGCAAUCGUCAAAAAGGACGCCUCUGUUGAGGUCGUCGACUCUCCCAUCCCUAAGCCUGGCACAAACCCCAAGGAUUGGAAAAUCCCUGCCUUCUAUGGAACUGAGUCCAACAGUGGCGAUGACAUCGCUGGCCUUGUUGAAGCUGUAGGUGAAAACGUCGUCGGCUUCCACAAGGGCGAUCGCGUAGCCGCUUUCCACGAGAUGCUUACACCUCAUGGUGCAUUCGCAGAGUAUGCCAUUGCGCACUACUACACUACUUUCCACAUCCCAGACUCCAUAUCUUACGAGGAGGCUGCCACUAUUCCACUUGCUGCUUACACCUCUGUGUGCGCUUUGUUCCAAGAGCUGCAACUCCCUGACCCUUGGUCACCGCUUGCCAAGUUGGACGAGAAGCGUCCUCUUCUCGUGUAUGGAGCUAGCACAGCUACAGCAGCUUUUGCUAUCAAGCUCGCUGCUGCUGCCAAUGUGCACCCCAUUAUCGCUGUCGGAAGCCAGCGAAGCGAAUUUGUCAAGCCCUUCCUAGACGAGAGCAAGGGCGAUUUGUUGGUCGACUACACUCUUCACGACACCGAAGACAAGCUUGUCGCUGCUAUCCAGGACGCUAUCAAGAAGAGCGGUGCCCCCGAUGGUCGCUGUUGGGUAGCCUAUGAUAGCGUCUCCGAAGACUCAACAGUCAGACUCGUUACAAAGGCUAUCGCUGGUCCUCCCGACGCCAAUGGUCGCAAGCCAAGAAUGACAAACCUCCUCAUGAAGUCGAACGUCGAGGGCGUUGACCCCAGUGUCGAAAUUGUCCACACAAAGGUUAGCCAGGUGCACGAGAAGAACGAGAAGGAUCAGAUGCUGGGCUUGACAUGGGCUGCUGCGUUCUCUAGGGGACUUCGUGAGGGCUGGCUGACUGCCCAUCCGUAUAUUGUUGGAAAGAAUGGUCUGCAAGGACUUUCUGAAGGCCUCGUUGCCUUGAGAGACGGCAAGACAAAGGCCAACAAGUUCUUGACAAUUCUGAGCGAGACUCCUGGAGCUACUGCUUGA